AGUGGGGGGCUAACAAGAUAGCAAUGAUACAACUGGCUGGGAGAGGACGGAGAGAGAGAGAGAGAUGGCAGAAAGAAAUAAGCAUAGUGCUUGAAUAAGAGGUGUAGCUUGUUUCAUUGGGAUAGGGCAUGUGAAUUAAUGUUACAUGUGAGUGGAAUACACAGUGCUUUGAGAAUGCAGUUUUUCUGAGGCAUUUCAGAAAGUUACAUUAACUGGUUAUACAUUUUGCCCAGCCACAAAGGACAUCAUUUCAAUCUGCUGAAGGGUACAAGAACGUACUGGCUCUCAGAAAACGUUGUUCGGAAUGAGAUACAUUUUUUUUCUUUCGCAACAGAAACGUAAGAAAAUCUGUAUUCACUAUCCCAUUAUAGCCGGAUUUCAAAGGCCAAUAUAGUCAAUAUAUCAAUAAGCUAGUCUGUGAAUGAAGCUGUAACACUCGUUGUGUUGGUGUAAUUUAAUUAGCAGACACCGAACGUUUUCGCUUCCAACAUGGCGUCGUGUUCAUCCCACAUUGCUGGAUAUGCAUAACUAAACGUCUAUUCAUCAAUGUUUUAAUUUUAGUAACAGUCCUAGUUAUGUAACAAAAAAUAUUGAGGAAUACAGAGUAUUUGCUUGUUAGAACAACGAUAGAGCAUAAUGAACAACUCUACAAUUGUACCCAACCCAGGAGACUGUUCCAUAAACAAUUUAUAUCCUGCUAUUGUACAAUGUUUUGCUGUUAUCUUUGCUGGUUAUUGGGCUGGAUGGACAAAAAUAAUUACUUUCAAAACUGGAAAAAGCAUUGGAAUUUUUGUAUGGAAUUUCUGCUUACCAGCGAUGGUCAUGCAAGGAAUGUGGGAACUCCACUGGGAAGAAGUUAACUACAAAUUCAUUUUGUGUGUCUUAGUCUCUAAACUCAUCAUCUUCACUUUGGUCAUAUUAGUUACUUUUAUUACCUACCGUCCAAUCAACUUUGGUUAUGCUGGUAUUUUUGGUAUUUUUACUACAUGUAGCAAUGAUUUUGCCCUUGGCUAUCCAAUAUUGAAAGCCUUAUAUGGUGACAAUUCAAUAUAUCUUAAAUAUAUCUACCUGUUUGCUCCUAUCUCGUUAGCUUUGAUUAACCCUAUUUGUUUCAUUAUGAUGGAAAUACAUAAAAAUCGAAAUCCUAAUAAUUUUCAAGAAAACAGAAAACGACCUUAUGUAAAUUUAAAAAUUCUUGUGGAUGUAAUCAAAAAUCCCAUAGUAUUUAUGACAAUAUUGGGAAUUAUGUUCAAUUUUAUCUUUCAACAAACAAUUCCCAUCAUUAUAAAAAAUAUUCUGACAGUGUUAGGUAAUGCAUUUGCUGCAUCUGCCCUCUUCUACCUUGGUCUGAAUUUGGUUGGAAAAACUAAGAAUCAGCUUGGUAUCCAAUUAGUUGUUCCAUUUUUAUUGGUUCUUGCUAAAACACUAUUGUUACCACUUGUAACCUGGCAAGUUAUCUAUAUUGUCAAGCCAGGGGCUAAUGCAAAUGAGACAAGCUCACUUAGUAUGAAUGGCUUUCUUUAUGGAACAUUCCCUACUGCUCCGUCAGCCUUCAUCUAUGCAAGCCAGUAUUCCAUUGCUACUACUAUUACUGCAAGUGGCUUGGUUUUAUGCACAAUUUUCUCAGCUCCACUGAUGUUCAUUUCUGCCAGAAUGAUGACAUUCUUAUCUCAUCACCCUUCCAUUUACUCUAAGAUCAUUAGAGAUACUACAUUUGAUAUCAGCACACUUUCUCUCGUUUUUUGUGUUUGGAUUUGUGUAAUAUUUGUUAUCACGCGUCGUUGGAAAAAAGUUCCUCAUCUGUUUACAUUAUGCCUUGCCAUAUCACAGAUAUUUCGUGCUAUUGGACUGAUCUGCUGCCAUUCUGAUAGAAAGCUUUUCAACUGGCAACAUUAUGUGGAAUUCAUUUUUAUCAAUGUUGGUGAUUUAUCUUCCAAUAGUUGGACCUGUCUACUUAGUAUUACUAUUUGUAUUCUUCGCACUCGACAAAAAACAGACUGGCUGCAAAACCAUUUUCUGUUUUCUUUAAUUGGCUUUGGGCUUCCAGUUUUCCUGACAGGGAUCCUCUUCUUAAUCAGCUGGAAGUAUUAUUCUGUUAGUAUAGAUCCUACUCUACAAUAUGGUCUCAUUCAGAUUGUGAUAAAGUUUGUAAUCCUUUUAAUAUCAAUAACAAUAACCAGUGCUGCCCUGAUUAUUGGACAGAGGAAACAAAAAGACAAAUAUCAGCUUAUGUCUUCUAAUUCUAAUCAAACUGACAAAAAUCCUCAGGAAAGAUCUGAAAAUGCAGAGUUUAACCAUUCAUUACAAGAAACUUUACAACCAUCAAGUAUUAAUAAUGAUGUUGAAGCUAACCAUUUCUUUGAAUUUGAAAACCAAACAAAUCAAACAAAUGUAAAUUUUACAAGUUUUGAAGAACAAAGUAUUGAAGAUUUAGAUUUAUCACCAAAUUCCACAGAUCUGAAUGAUUCUAAAGUACAUCUUCUUGAGAACUACUUUCAAGCAGAACCUUCAACUGCAAAUUCUGAUAUUGACAAAAUAGAAAUUACUUCCCAAGAAGAAUUACCUGAAGAAUCUCUACAAAUCUCCAAACAUAUCAUUCUUUUAUUGUGUCUUCUUUUUUCGAUGUGUAUAUCUCUUUUCUUAAACUUCUGGCGGCUGAUGAGUGGUAAGAAAACAGGAACUUAUGUAGAAGUUGUCUUUUUCCAUGGAGUUUUGUCAAGUGGAUUGGGACUCAUUUUAUUUGUUAUUUUUGGUUUUGAUGUCAAAAUGCGACUUGGAGCUUUUCUUGCCAGCUGUCGCUGCUUUAAGUGUUGUUCGGAAGGUGAUGGUAUCAACAAAAUUGAUGGAGCUACACAACUAAAAUGUCACCAAUUUAAGAAAUAUCACAAAACAAACUGUAGAGGUGAUGUAGAAAGAGAUAUCAGAUAUAACCUGAAGGUUUACCGUGCAGUAUUCCCAGGUAAAGUUUUAUGUAAGUGGCUGGUAGAUGCAGGUCUUGCUGGUGACAGCUCAGAGGCUAUUGAAUAUGCAGUCAAACUACUCCAAGGAAAUGAGAUUAAAAGUGUCAAUAAGAAGAAAACAUAUUUUAGCACAAUGCAUUUGUACAGUUUCUAAAUGUACAUUUUGUUUUUAACUUGUAAAAAGAGAUUUUUAAAA